UGUGCGCAAGGGCCCACCAAUCUACAGAUGCGAGAUCAGAGCGCCGCUCCUCUCCAUCUCCUCACUCCUAUGAGACCGCUCUGGGCUUUGACGUCAUCGUGUGCUCCCUCCGGUUGCUACGGCAACCCGUCUCCCGCACCCCCUCCCCUUCCCAUCCCAUCCCUACGCUGGUAGGAUCCAUAAUGGUACAGGCAGCAUCCUGCAGCACAAUGUGGUCUUUAAAACCGUCGCCUACCGGCAUGUUUUGAACUGAACAGAACUGGACUGUCACCGGACCGGGAACGUCGGACGGGCAGCUGGCACGGAAUGGUAUUUAUGAACAGACGUUUCUUAUAUAACUGCAGUGCUCCAGUCCUGGAUGUGAAGAUUGCCUUUUGUCAGGUGUGUGUUCCAUACAGGUAAAUUAAAAGGGGUUUGGCAAACAAGUUGAUGUUUCGUACAUUGCCCAGCAUUACAACAUGAGCAAAAGCAAAGUGGACAACCAGUUCUACAGUGUGGAAGUAGGAGAUUCCACCUUCACAGUUCUCAAACGGUACCAAAAUCUAAAGCCCAUUGGUUCUGGGGCUCAGGGAAUAGUGUGUGCUGGAUAUGAUGCCGUCCUGGACAGAAACGUGGCCAUUAAGAAACUCAGCAGACCCUUUCAGAACCAGACUCACGCCAAGAGAGCAUACAGGGAGCUGGUGCUUAUGAAAUGUGUCAAUCACAAAAAUAUCAUCAGCUUAUUAAAUGUCUUCACACCACAGAAGUCUUUAGAGGAAUUCCAAGAUGUUUACCUGGUCAUGGAGCUGAUGGACGCAAACCUUUGCCAGGUGAUUCAGAUGGAACUGGACCAUGAGAGGAUGUCCUACCUGCUGUACCAGAUGUUGUGUGGAAUCAAACACCUGCACUCAGCCGGCAUCAUCCACAGGGAUCUGAAACCUAGCAAUAUUGUGGUGAAAUCCGACUGUACGCUGAAGAUCUUGGACUUUGGGUUGGCGAGAACUGCCGGCACUAGCUUUAUGAUGACGCCCUACGUGGUGACGCGGUACUACAGGGCCCCGGAGGUCAUCCUGGGCAUGGGCUACAAGGAGAACGUGGAUAUUUGGUCAGUUGGUUGCAUCAUGGGAGAAAUGGUGCGCCACAAAAUCCUAUUCCCCGGGAGGGAUUACAUCGACCAAUGGAAUAAGGUUAUAGAGCAGCUCGGCACACCCUCUCCUGAGUUCAUGAAGAAACUGCAGCCGACGGUGCGUAACUAUGUGGAGAACAGGCCAAAAUACGCUGGCCUUACCUUCCCCAAACUCUUCCCUGAUUGCCUCUUCCCUGCAGACUCGGAGCACAACAAACUUAAAGCCAGUCAGGCCAGAGACCUGCUGUCUAAGAUGUUGAUCAUUGAUCCUGCUAAGCGGAUAUCAGUGGACGAGGCCCUGCAGCACCCCUACAUCAAUGUGUGGUACGACCCGGCCGAGGUGGAGGCAGCCAGGAAUCAGCAGAUAUCUAUGCCUCCUCCACAGAUCUAUGAUAAGCAGCUAGAUGAGAGGGAACACUCGAUUGAUGAAUGGAAAGAGCUCAUUUAUAAAGAGGUGAUGAACUUCGAGGAGAGAACAAAGAAUGGUGUGGUGAAGGGACAGCCCUCUCCCUCAGGUGCAGCCAUGAACAGCAGCGAGAGCCUCCCCCCCUCCUCCUCCGUCAACGACAUCUCCUCCAUGUCCACCGACCAGACCUUGGCCUCCGAUACCGACAGCAGCCUGGAGACCUCCGCCGGACCGCUGGGGUGCUGCAGGUGACUAACCGCCUGCCUGCGCAACCCCAUGUUCUUCAGAAGGUGAACGGCCACCGCAACCCCGACCGAGUACAAAUCCACAAACCUCUGAAAAAAAUGUAAUUAACGAAAUAAAAAAAUUAGUUAAUAUAUGCGUAAAAUAAUGAGUAAAUGAUGACAAAGUAUGCAUUUUCAUUCAAAGAAACGUCUGAAUAUGUAUAUUUAUGAAUCUUCACUAGUUGCUUUGCUUUUAAUCCCCUCAUAUGGCAUCCAAAAAAAAAAAACGAGACGUCAAAAAAAGAAAAGAAAAGAGAAAAAAAGGGCCUAAUUGGGCAUCUCUGUAAAGUGUACAUUGACUGGCUGAUAUCUAUUACCUUGCGAUUUUCUGUGCUUCAGUCGAUGUGGCAGGGUGGGCUUUUAUUUUAAAGAGCACUGUACUAUAUUCGAUCAGAUGAUUUUAUUUUGCUUGUGCCGAAACUCCCAACUGGUUUCGGAUGGGCUGGUGUGUCUAUGUGCGACUCCUCGUAAGGUAAAAUACUAAUAUGUACAAUGGCGCCCCCUAUCUUUUGUAUAUAUGUAAUUGUGUACAGUUGUGAGGUCUUCUCAGAGUGGGACUGACGGCCAGUAGAGGGAGUAUUUGCACACCUUGCCACAUUACAGCUAAUCACCCGUUUCCCUUUGCCUGUAGUCUUGCAUGGUCAGAGAAAAAAGUAAUUAAGCUAAUUAUAACAUAUACAAAUAUAGAUAACCGUGUUUAUAUAACAUUUAAGGAGCUAACGGGUGAAUGUGGGCGUAUCUGUCACUUGACAGGAAUUGAGGCUGCUUUAAAGGAAGCCAUUGGGGGGUACAAGCACGGUUGCUGUCAUUUUCCGACUUUCAACAGCCCUUCCUUCGUGUUUGUGAAACUCGCCCUCUCUGCGACAGCCUUGCAUGCUUCAACUUCACCUUUGAAAGGUGUGUGUCUAACUAAGUCGAGAGCAUGCACCUCAUCUUCACUUUUUGUUCCUUGUUCACAUCCACGCAAACUAAAUCUCAUCUCGAAACUCAUAUUUUUGUGUUGUCUGAAGGGAAUCAACGUGCUUACUACCUAAAUUUCACAGCUGGAGUUUAUUAUUAAACCUGUUUAUUGUCGGAUUUGGGAAGUGCCUUUGAAAUAAUGCAGUUUCCUCCUCAAAAACACGAGUACAGUAAACGCGACGGCUCUGGUAGAGGUGUUCCAGGUGAUGUCGGAUGUGUCAGGUCUGUUUACCCAAUCCCACAAUCCCCUAUUCAUAUAGAUUUAGAGAUCUGGCUCUUGUAUCCAAGUGUGAUUUAAAGUCACUGUAUGUUAAAGAAAAAAAGGCACCUGGACAAAAAUCUGUUAUAAGCCCCAGAUCUGAGAACUACAGUGGCCUCAAACAGUAUUUGGGCAUUUACAUCACACUAAAAGUCAGUUCUCCUCAAGUUUACACAGGUGUAGUUCAUCACAUUAAACUAUGAACAUGUUCCACUAACGUUUGACACCCCAAAGUGUUCAUUUUUACAUAUUAGGUUGAUCUUUGUUUGAAAAAAAAAUGCCACUAAUAUUUUGUUAUAUGCAUUUUUUAUGUCUAAAAUGUCCAUAUACGCUUAGGGGCCACUGUUUGUUCCAAUGUAACCCUCACCCCCCCCCUCACAUUUAAUUGUUCCAUUUUUAAAAAGACGAUUAAUGUAGUUUAAAUUUUCAAACACACAUGGCUGAUGUUUUUAGUACUACUAGGUAAAGUUUAGCUUCAUUGAAUAUACAUUAUGAAGUACACAGUAAAUUGAACAUAUAAUAUUUAAGUUGUACGGUUUUGUUUUGUACCUGUAUUUGUCCAAUUUGAUCCGUGUACUAAACAUUUUAAUAAAGGGAUGAAAUACA